AUGUGUGACCUCAUCUAUGCGUUAAGUCCAACGUAUCAAAUCCCUUCUCGACACCGAAUCGCCGAUGAUCUGCUGGAUGAAGCAUACUAUGGACUACAGCAGGAGGUGCUUAAGGAGCUGCGAAGAACCCAGUUUCUGAAUAUGACGGUGGAUGAGACCACUAACAUCCGAUCUCAGCGGGUGAUUGUGAUAACUAUAACAACACCAACGAAGUCGUGGUUUAUUCAUCUUAAUGACAUGGAAGACAAGACUCUUAAUGCUCCUGCUAUUAGUAGUUGGAUCUUAAACAGGCUCCAAGGCAUCCUACUACCGCUAGACAAAGUCGUUGACUGGAAGAGGAUCAAUUCUAUUUCGACAGACACAUAUCAUGUCAUGAAAUCAGUCUGGGAGAAACUAGAGGCAACCCCAGAACUCAGACACUACUUUAUGAUUCCCUGUGACUCUCACAGCCUACAGCUAAUUAUGAAGGAUAUCGUUGAUCCUAAGUCCUCAAAGGUUCCACAGGCGAAAGAGGUUUUUAGGUCUGCCCUUGAAGUUGUUGUCUUCUUCCACCACUCACCACUUGAGUACGCAAGGAUGCAAGCAAAGCAGAUUGAGAAGUGGGGCCAUAGAAAGGCACUUAUUGCGUUGGUCAUUACACAAUGGGGAACGCAAUAUAAUAUGCUGUCAUCACUUCAUGAUUACCAAGAACCCAUCUGCGAGUGGACUCUCGCAACUCCUGCUGCUCUGACUACGAGGGGGAGGGAGAUCGUUCGGACUGAUAACUCCCAUUCUUUCCGGUGGCAACUAAGGGAGUUGAUCAAGAUACUUAAGCCUCUGCAUAUAGCUCAGAAGGAAUCGGAAGCUCAGAACUCGUCAAUCAUGGAGGCAACAAAAUGGUGA